CAUUUUGCCUUACCUCACCCUUCAUGUUUCAGUGUUCGUAUUAAUGAGAGGUGUCAACAAGGAACAGAAGAUAAUAAGAAAUUGGCUUAUCUUGUUGAUAUUAAGACUGUUGCUAUAGUAGAUCUGAUUGGUGGCUACAACAUUGGCACCGUCAGCCAUGAGAGCCGCGUGGAUUGGCUGGAACUUAAUGAGACUGGACAUAAGCUCCUCUUCAGGGACCGGAAACUUCGUUUGCAUCUGUAUGAUAUUGAGAGCUGCUCUAAGAUAAUGAUCCUCAACUUCUGCUCCUACGUGCAGUGGGUCCCUGGAAGUGAUGUGCUGGUAGCUCAGAACCGCAACAGCCUGUGUGUGUGGUACAACAUUGAGGCACCUGAGAGAGUCACCAUGUUCACUAUUAGGGGUGAUGUUAUAGGUCUGGAGCGGGGCGGGGGAAAGACCGAGGUGAUGGUGAUGGAAGGUGUGACUACUGUUGCCUACACACUGGAUGAAGGCCUCAUCGAGUUUGGAACAGCCAUUGAUGAUGGCAAUUACACCCGGGCAACAGCUUUCUUAGAGACUCUGGAAAUGACCCCAGAAACAGAGGCAAUGUGGAAAACCUUGAGUAAACUGGCACUAGAGGCAAGGCAACUACACAUUGCGGAGAGGUGCUUUUCUGCUUUGGGCCAAGUAGCAAAAGCUCGAUUCCUGCAUGAGACCAAUGAGAUUGCAGAUCGAGUAUCCCGGGAAUAUGGCGGAGAAGGGACAGACUUUUAUCAGGUCCGAGCACGUUUAGCCAUGCUGGAAAAGAACUACAAACUGGCCGAAAUGAUCUUUUUGGAACAGAACGCUGUGGAGGAGGUCAUGGGCAUGUACCAGGAGCUACACCGUUGGGAUGAGUGUAUUGUUGUAGCUGAAGCUAAGGGGCACCCAGCCCUGGAGAAUCUACGCCGGAGUUAUUAUCAGUGGCUGAUGGACACACAGCAGGAGGAGCGAGCAGGUGAACUACAGGAGAGCCAAGGAGAUGGGCUAGCAGCCAUCAGCCUCUACCUCAAAGCUGGGCUCCCUGCCAAAGCUGCUCGGUUGGUGCUAUCCCGAGAGGAACUGCUAGCCAACACAGAGCUGGUAGAACACAUCACUGCAGCCCUUAUCAAGGGGGAACUCUACGAAAGGGCAGGUGAUCUCUUUGAGAAGAUUCACAAUCCACAGCAGGCCCUGGAGUGCUACCGUAAAGGGAACGCAUUCAUGAAAGCGGUAGAGCUGGCUCGAUUGGCCUUCCCAGUGGAGGUGGUGAAACUAGAGGAGGCAUGGGGGGACCACCUGGUGCAGCAGAAGCAGCUUGAUGCAGCCAUUAAUCACUACAUCGAAGCCAGGUGCUCCAUUAAGGCAAUUGAGGCUGCCCUGGGUGCCCGCCAGUGGAAGAAGGCAAUUUAUAUAUUAGAUCUACAGGACCGGAACACCGCGUCCAAAUACUAUCCUCUCGUGGCCCAACACUAUGCAUCUCUGCAGGAGUAUGAGAUUGCUGAGGAGCUCUAUACUAAGGGAGACCGAACAAAAGAUGCUAUAGACAUGUACACCCAGGCUGGCCGUUGGGAACAAGCCCACAAGCUGGCAAUGAAAUGCAUGAGACCAGAAGAUGUGUCAGUGCUGUACAUCACUCAGGCCCAGGAAAUGGAGAAGCAGGGCAAGUACCGUGAGGCUGAAAGGCUCUAUGUGACAGUAGAAGAGCCUGAUCUUGCCAUCACCAUGUACAAAAAGCACAAGCUGUAUGAUGACAUGAUCCGCCUGGUUGGGAAGCACCAUCCAGAUCUCCUCAGUGACACACACCUACAUCUGGGCAAGGAGCUGGAGGCUGAAGGCCGACUACAGGAGGCGGAGUACCACUACCUCGAGGCCCAGGAAUGGAAGGCAACAGUGAACAUGUACCGAGCCAGUGGGCUUUGGGAAGAGGCCUACCGCGUGGCCAGGACUCAAGGAGGGGCUAAUGCCCACAAACACGUGGCCUAUCUGUGGGCAAAGAGCCUGGGAGGAGAAGCUGCAGUUAGACUGCUUACCAAGCUGGGACUCCUGGAAGCUUCUGUUGACCACGCUGCAGACAAUUGCUCCUUUGAAUUUGCUUUUGAACUCUCUCGGCUGGCCCUCAAGCACAAAACCCCCGAGAUCCAUCUCAAAUACGCUAUGUACCUGGAGGAUGAGGGUAAAUUCGAAGAGGCUGAAGCUGAAUUCAUCAGAGCUGGUAAACCCAAGGAAGCAGUCCUCAUGUUUGUUCACAAUCAGGACUGGGAGGCAGCUCAGCGUGUGGCCGAGGCCCACGACCCUGACAGUGUCGCCGAGGUGCUUGUGGGACAGGCCCGGAGGGCGCUGGAGGAAAAGGACUUUCAGAAAGCAGAAGGGCUGCUGCUCCGGGCCCAGAGACCAGGCCUGGCCCUCAGUUAUUAUAAGGAGGCUGGAUUAUGGAGUGACGCGCUGCGGAUCUGCAAGGACUAUGUGCCCGGCCAGCUGGAGGCUCUGCAGGAAGAGUAUGAGCGGGAAGCUACUAAGAAGGGGGCCAGGGGUGUGGAGGGACUCGUGGAACAAGCUCGACACUGGGAGCAGGCUGGAGAGUACAGUCGUGCCGUGGACUGCUACCUCAAAGUGCGAGACUCUGGAAACAGCGGCCUGAUGGAGAAGUGCUGGAUGAAGGCAGCCGAACUCUCCAUCAAGUUUCUGCCUCCCCAACGUAAUAUCGAAGUUGUUCUGGCUGUAGGACCCCAGCUGAUUGGAAUUGGAAAGCACAAUGCAGCUGCAGAGCUCUAUCUGAAUCUGGACCUGGUCAAGGAAGCAAUCGAUGCUUUCAUCGAGGGUGAGGAGUGGAACAAGGCUAAGCGUGUAGCUAAGGAGUUAGAUCCCAGGUAUGAAGACUAUGUGGACCAGUGUUAUAAAGAGUUCCUCAAGAACCAGGGCAAAGUGGACUCGCUUGUGGGUGUGGAUGUGGUAGCUGCUUUGGACCUGUAUGUGGAGCAGGGCCAGUGGGACAAGUGCAUUGAAACAGCUACCAAACAGAACUACAAGAUUCUGCACAAGUAUGUGGCUUUGUAUGCAACUCACUUGAUCCGAGAGGGUAGUUCUGCCCAGGCAUUGGCCCUGUAUGUACAGCACGGAGCCCCUGCUAACCCACAGAACUUCAAUAUCUACAAAAGGAUCUUCACUGACAUGGUGAGCUCUCCUGGGACCAACUGCGCUGAGGCCUAUCAUAGCUGGGCUGAUCUUCGAGAUGUCCUUUUCAACCUGUGUGAAAACCUGGUGAAGUCCAGUGAGGCAAACUCUCCAGCCCAUGAGGAGUUCAAGACGAUGCUGCUGAUCGCUCAUUACUAUGCCACACGCUCUGCAGCCCAGAGUGUCAAACAGCUGGAGACUGUGGCUGCCAGGCUUUCUAUUUCACUCUUGCGUCACACCCAGCUACUACCCGUAGACAAAGCCUUCUAUGAAGCAGGCAUUGCUGCCAAGGCAGUUGGCUGGGAGAACAUGGCAUUCAUCUUCCUCAAUCGCUUUUUGGACCUGACCGACGCAAUCGAGGAAGGGACUCUGGAUGGCCUUGACCACUCUGAUUUUCAAGAUACAGACAUUCCUUUUGAGGUGCCACUCCCAGCCAAGCAGCAUGUACCGGAGGCUGAGAGAGAAGAGGUUCGAGACUGGGUGCUUACAGUCUCCAUGGACCAGCGGCUGGAACAGGUUCUGCCUCGGGAUGAGCGUGGCGCCUACGAGGGCUCCCUGGUGGCAGCAAACACUGGGGUUCGAGCCCUGCCCUGCCUCAUUACAGGAUACCCCAUUCUGAGGAACAAAAUUGAAUUUAAGCGGCCAGGGAAAGCUGCUAACAAGGACAACUGGAAUAAAUUCCUUAUGGCCAUCAAGACUUCCCACAGCCCAGUGUGCCAGGAUGUGCUGAAAUUCAUCAGUCAGUGGUGUGGAGGGCUCCCCAGCACCAGCUUUUCCUUUCAGUAGCCGGUAAAGCUGAGGAAGAAUUAGGGCCUCUCCCUCAUUAAAGUUUUAUAAGAAAGU